UCAUACAUAAUAUUAAUUUUCCGAUGGCCGAAACAAGGGGAACUCCAGAGUACGACAGGCAACACCGUCUCACCGAUCCCAUAAAGUCCAUCCUCCCGACCAACGAAAAGGGCGGCAGCGGCGGCUUCGGAGGCGUAUCUGGAAGCAAGAUCUUAGCUGUGGUAACCCUACUCCCAUUAGGAGGGUUUCUCCUCUUCCUUUCCGGCCUAAUACUGGCCGGAACCCUAAUGGCAAUCGCCUUCUCCACCCCACCGUUCAUAAUCUUCAGUCCCGUCCUGGUCCCAGCCGCUUUUACCAUCGCCUUCUCUAUCGGGGGAUUUCUGACGUCGGGAGCGUUUGGAAUAACCGCACUGUCGGCUCUGUCGUGGAUGCUGAACUAUCUACGUGGAUCCCGCGUGCCGGAACAGCUGGAAUAUGCGAAGAGACGGGCUCAGGAAGCGGCGGGUCAAGUUGGACAGAAAGUUAAGGAGGCUGGACAGAAAGCUCAGGACACUGCAGUAAGGGGUUAAUUAAGAAGAUCACUU